AUGGGACCCCCUGACAGAUCUCCAGUUCUCCUCCGCCCGCAUCCAGGUCGCCGCCGGGACAAGCCGCAGCUGUCAUGCAAUUCCUGCCGCCAGCGAAAGCGAAAGUGUGACCGGCAAAGGCCUUGCUCUCAUUGUAUAAAACGACAUCUCGAGUCCACAUGCACUUACACCGAUUCCUCAUCGCCAUCUUCCGCGUCUAGACAGCUCCACGCCGAUCCCUCUGCUACCUAUGAUAGCAGUCCAUCAGCUAGCGGGCUAGGUGGGAUUGCAACGCCCAGCAGUUCGGCUUCCGUCCCAUCGCCGGAGGCCACGGACUUGCACUUGACCAGGUCUGGAACCGGCUUCAAAGACUCGACUCACUGGACAACUGUUUUGAGCGGCGUCACAGAAACCGGAGACCCUGUUCCAGCAGGUACGGCGUUUGGCGAUGGCUCAUCGCCCCUCGACCAGACUGUCCUCCUCUUUGAAGGGUGUAAACGCGCCACACAACAAGAGCUCCUGGAUGCGUUACCGCCUAGGAGGGAAUCUGAUGCAUUGGUCGCAUUCUACUUUCGGGCUCAGGAAUAUCGAUCUGUGAUACACCCGACAGAGUUCUUGAAGAGGUAUAACGCUUUCUGGAAAGACCCUAUUGCGGCCUCUGUCUCCUGGCUUGGCCUCUUGUACAGUAUCUUUUGCCUCACUACACAAGUUCAGAGCCAGGAGAGCUGCCUUUCGAAAGCCCCGGAAACCUCUUCAUGCCCCCUGCCAUCCACAGAGAUGCCGAGGAUACUCGUCUACCGAGAAAAGGUCGUGCAGUGCCUUAUAAGAGCUCAGUUUGCCAAAGGAGGUCCGGAUAUCAUGGAAACCCUUGUUCACUACAUCGUUAUCGAGAACAACCUGAACAAAGACUCCAACAUCAGGGUCUGGCUCUUGAUGGGUAACAUUGUUCAAAUAGCCAUUCGCAUGGGCUACCAUAGAGACCCCCGGCACUUUAAAUCCUUAUCCCCAUAUCAAGGAGAGAUGAGACGCCGGAUGUGGGCUAUGAUCUACUCGCUCGACACCGGAUUCGCAACCCAAAUGGGCCUUCCGAGUAGCAUCAAGCACUCGCUCAGCGACACCGCGCCACCUCGAAACCUACAGAACAGUGACUUUGACGCCAGCUCGACUGAGCUGCCGCCAGCGAGACCUAUCGACGAGCUUACCUCGAGCACUGUUAUUAUUGCCAAGUUCCAAAUCGCCGUCUGUAUGGGCGUUAUAUCGGACAUGGUCUCCAGUCCUCACGCACUUACCCCUGAGGACAUUCUGGUGGCAAAUGGGAAACUAGACACGACAUAUUCAAGCCUUCCUAACCCGUGCCAAUUCCGUCCCAUGUCCGAGUCACUGCUGGACCCUCCAAGCGUCGUAUCUCAGGCAAGUAGCAUGGCUAUCCCUCAAACGAGAGGGUACGCAGACCUGCUGACAUGGUUUUCCUCCGGGCAGCGAAUUAACUUUUACAUGUACUACCAGAGAGCUAGAAUUAUCAUCAACUGGAAGUUUCUUGGUACAUGUAAGGAGCCGAAUAACAGCGACCAGCCCUGGAGUAUCGUCAUCGAGGCGGCCUUGGAGAUCCUGCGACUGCAACACCUCAUGGGGGAGGAGUCCGAGGUCUUGGACGCGUCCAUGCCUACUCGUAUCCCCGACUCUUGUUUCAUGAACAAUGGCUACUUUUUAGCGGCCAGCGUCGCGUGCUUUAUCGUCCAGCAUCGCAAUGACAAGCUGUCGCCUCAAGCUUCGACCGAAGUACGGAGCCUACUGGAAAGAAGCCUCGCCAUCUGGAGUAGCACAAACGACUUUUCCAGAGAAGCAAGCAAAGUAGUCAUGGCUCUGAGAGUCGUGCUCGGAAAGCCAGAGGAACCUGAGUCUCAAAUUAGCGAAGUACCUGAUUAUGGCAGAAGUGACAUUCCGUUUUCAGGUUUCACAUCGUUCUUUGAUGAUCUUCCUUUGUUGAUGGCAGAUGCUGACAAUGCGGGUUUUCUUUCACUGAUGGAUUAUUGGCCAGAAGGAGAUGGGAUCACCAUUGCGCUUCCGUUGCAGGUGGCGCAAUCUGCCAUGUUGUGGGAUGGAGUCUGA